CGCAUUAGUAGGUAGUUACACUUGGCCACUUUCUAGUGUGACUGUAAAAGCGAGUCAAUCGCGAUCUAUGGCUUCUAGGCCACGAUCUUCAACUGGACUUCGUGGCUUGUGAUCCCGGCCGUGAUUUUCGGUUUCUCAGCCAUGAUCUUCAAUUCUGGCCCCUUCUCUAUAAUUGGGACCUUGUUUUGUACCUAAUUUUCACAUAUCAACUAAUGCACCCUAAAGUCACAUCGAAAUCAAAUAGGAAUGCUAUAGGGUUGUAUUUGACCAUGUUCAAGCAUUUAAGCACAUGGAUUGGCACAAAACACACCUCGAUAUUUGGGGCAAAUAACACCAAUUUUGGUGUUAUCACUUCCCCAUACGAAGAAAACUUCCCUACACAAACCGAUGAGAAAUCCAAGUUGGAGUUGUCAAUGGAGGAUUUCAUGGGACAUUCCUCAAGACCAUAUGCCAGUCCACAACCAGAGCCAAAGAGUGAAUUGGAGCUCAUGGUGGAGCGGUUUUCCCGAGGCACCAACGAAGGGUGCUCGAACUUGGAUUUCCCACAACCCGAAAUGAACUCCAAAUUAGAGCUUGCCAUGGAGAACUUUGAAAGAGCAUACUCCAACAUGGAUAUCCAACCCCUCCCUCCUCCCGGUUUGACACUAGAAGAGAAGGCUGCACGAGCUUGUGACGCCACCGCCUCUCACCAUUGAAAGAAGAAGAGAAGGUUGAAGGGGAGAUCAAUGACAACUGUGUGGAGCAAGAUGAACUCACCUCGUAGAGCUCCCGUGGUGAGGAUGACAAAGAAGUUUGCAUUGUUCACCUUCCCGAGAACUACUUUGAAGACAUGACUGGGAAGGAGAAAGAAGAGGUUGAAGAGGGGGAAGUGAGCAUUAAAUAGGAGGAAGAUCGUGAUUGUUCCCAAAAGGAGUAAUCAAAUUUUAAAGAAGGG